GCUGUUUUAAAAAUGUUAAAGGUUCAGCAGCGUGUAACAGCUGACAGGAUACCCAAGAAAAAGCCAUACAGUUGUGACAUUUGCUAUAAACAGUUUGAAACUCCAUCAAAAUUAGCUAGGCAUUUUCUGAUACAUACUGGUCAAAAGCCAUUUGAAUGUCACGUAUGCCAUAAAACAUUUAGGCAGUUAGUCCAUCUGGAGAGGCAUCAGUUAACCCAUAAUCUGCCUUUUAAGUGUAUUGUUUGUUACAGAAACUUCAAAAACUUAAUCACUUUCUUAAAGCAUCAGGAGCUUCAUAAUGAGAACUGUCAGAAUGAUACCAAGCAAGCAGAAAGCUCUGUGAAGACUGAGCAAGACAGAGUCACUUCUGGUGUAUUUCAAUGUUCUACGUGCUGGAAAUCUUUCACAACUGAAGAGAGGUGGAUGUUGCAUCAAUGUCUGAAAGGAGAUCAUCUACAUGGUGCCAGAAGGAGAAAGAAAACUCAUGCUUGUGAAUCAUGUAAGAAGACAUUUCCAUCAAGAUCUAAGCUAGCAAGACACUUCCUUAUUCACACCGGCCAGAAACCUUAUAAGUGUUCUCUGUGUGGUAAAUGUUUCAGACAGUCAACACACUUGAAAAUCCAUCAGCUCACACACACAGAAGAAAGGCCUUUUCAGUGCUGCUUUUGUCAGAAAGGGUUUAAAAUACAGAGCAAGCUCAUAAAGCACAAGCAGCUCCAUGCCAGAAAUAAGACUUUUCCCAAUAUUGUACACAGAGCAAAGAGUCUUAAAUAUCCCAGACCACACAACCUGGUGGAAGGGAAGAGGAGUAGUUUUGAGAAUGCUGACGCUUGUGAGCUGCAGGAGAACGACCCACACGAUGUUCACACAAUUUACAUUGUACCCUUUCAGUGCCCAGUGUGUGAGCAGUGUUUUGAAACUGAGCAGGUUCUAAAUUUGCACAAGUGUUAUCCGAAGGUUGGCAAAGGUUCAAAUGGUGGUACGGCGGCGUGCAGCCAAGCGGUCAGCAUGAAGAAUAAGGUUCUAAUGAAGCUGAAGCAUACUGGAGGAAAGGCAACAGAUUUCUCUCUGCCUGGCAGAAAAAACACAAAAUCGGGUCACUUUAAAAGUCCUGACCUGGUUGCAACUAAAGAUCAGCGUUCAGAUCAGCAUUCUUCCACUAAACCUUUCAAGGAUUGCUGCAGCAAGCUUGACAUGUGCAAGGUACUUAGUAAUCGGAUGAAGCGAACAUUUGCUGUGCCACUACCUUGGCAAGAGCACCCACAACCUUCUGACUUGGGAAUCCAUUUAAAAGGUAUGCUCGCUGGGGAGAGUGUGUUAAACAUCCAGGAUUCGCUGGAUAAUAAAGGUGAUGCUUUUUAUGGUUCUUCAGAUGAUAGUCUCUUUGAUAAGCCAGAGGUACUUCGCUGCGUUCUUUCGGCUUCUGCUAAAACUAGACAUAGCAGACACAAAGUGUGUAAAUGUGACAGAUGUGAAAAGAGCUUUCCCUCUUCAUCCAAACUUCAAAGGCAUUAUCUUACACACACGGGACAGAAGCCCUUUGGCUGCAAUAUUUGUGGGAAGGCAUUCAGACAGUCAGCUCACUUGAAAAGACAUCAGCUCACCCAUACCAGAAAGAGACCCUAUAAAAGCCCUGUUCGCAGGGUAGAAUGUGAAAACCUGAACAAACUUCUCAAUCAGCAGGGAGAUGACAUUGAAUUGAAGCCUUUUCAGUCUCCUCAAACACCUUCACAACCAUCUAGCUUUCAAGAAUUUGAGCUGGUUCAGUCAAACCAAGCAGCUGAAAUCAAAGUUGAAAUCAAGUCAGAGGACUUUGUUCUUGACACCAGCAGCAGAGACUCACAGCCUUACUUGUGUGGUAAAUUGGUGGAAAAGGAGCAAAGCCAUUCCAGCUAUCUGCUUAAUUUUUCUGAAGAUACUAAAAAAAGCGUCAUUGGUAACAAAUUCUAUCAAUGCAGCAUCUGCUAUAAAGCUUUUAAGUCACCUUCCAAGCUUGAAAGACAUUACUUAAUGCAUGCUGGACAGAAGCCAUUUGAAUGCUUAGUUUGUGGUAAAAAUUUCAGGCAGGCCCCACAUUUGAAAAGACAUCACCUUAUUCAUUCCAGAGAGAGCUUAAAACUGGGUUCCACUGAGCAAAAACCAGAGAAUAUAUUUGGUUUGUCAAAAGUGGAUAAUGGCUUAUGAAAUUAGAUAUUAACCUUUUGUU